AACUACUGAAACUAAUGACAAUUUUCAAUUUUUGGCUUUUUGUUCCCUUGUUUUGCUUGUGUUGUGGUUUAUUGGCUUUUGUUGGUAAGCGUAAGCAUUUAUUAAAUGUCUUGUUAAGUUUAGAGUUUAUUAUAGUAAAUAUUUUUUGGUUUAUAGCUCAGGCUUUCGGUCAUUUAGGUAGUGACUUAUAUUUCGUGUUAUUCUUUUUAACUCUUGCUGCUUGUGAGGGAGCACUUGCUUUGGCUUUGUUAGUUUCUAUUGUUCGUAGACACGGAAGGGAUAAUUUUGGGAGUUUUAAUGUUUUGAGAUGUUAAAAUUUAUUUUAAUAGUUUUAUUGAUAACUUUGAUUGCAGAUAGCUGAUUGGCUAUCCAAUUGUCUUUAUUUUUGGCUAGUUUUAUUUUUGGAGUCUAUUCUUUAAAUGGGUUUACUUUUUCUUGUUUAGGCUUAAGGUUAGGUUUAGAUUAUAUUGGUUAUAUUUUAAUUUUAUUAAGUUUUUGGAUUAUAGCUUUAGUAGUUGGAAGAAGACAAAAAGUUGAAAAUUUAAAAGAUUUUAAUGGAAUCUUUUUGUUAGUUAAUAUUUUUCUUUUAUUAAGGUUAGUUUUGACUUUUUCUUGUCUUGAUUAUUUAAUAUUUUAUGUUUGUUUUGAAAGUUCUUUAAUUCCUACUAUAAUUUUAAUUUUAGGUUGGGGUUAUCAGCCCGAGCGACUUCAGGCCGGAGUUUAUAUGUUAUUUUAUACUUUAUUUGGGUCUUUACCUUUGUUGAUUUCUAUUUUAAGUUUAUAUAGAAUAGGGGGUUCUGUGACAUUUAAUUUAUCUUCGCUUCCUGAGUGUGGUAUGAGGUUGAUGGCAGUGUGGUAUAUUUGUAGGGUUAUAGCUUUUAUUGUUAAACUGCCUGUUUAUUUGGUUCAUUUGUGGCUUCCUAAGGCGCAUGUAGAGGCUCCUGUGGCUGGUUCUAUGAUUUUAGCUGGUGUUUUAUUAAAAUUAGGGGGGUAUGGUUUAGUUCGAGUGUGUCCUCUUUUUAUUCAAUCGGCUGUGACUUUUAGGUGAUUUUGAGUUUCAGUAGGACUAUUGGGUGGUAUUUUUGUGAGUUUUAUUUGUUUACGUCAAACAGAUAUAAAGGCUUUAAUUGCUUAUUCUUCCGUGGCUCAUAUGGGACUAGUUCUGUGUGGUCUUAGGGUUUUUAGUUG